UAACCUUUGUUGUGGUGAAGGCGAUUAGCGUUUCUACUGCUCCUGAGUAUAGAGCCAUGCCUGAACCCUCCAAAUCUGCUCCGGCCCCGAAGAAGGGCUCCAAGAAGGCCAUCACUAAGGCGCAGAAGAAAGACGGCAAGAAGCGCAAGCGCAGCCGCAAGGAGAGCUAUUCCAUCUACGUGUACAAAGUGUUGAAGCAGGUGCAUCCCGACACGGGUAUCUCGUCCAAGGCCAUGGGCAUCAUGAACUCGUUCGUCAACGACAUCUUCGAGCGCAUCGCGGGCGAGGCGUCCCGCCUGGCGCAUUACAACAAGCGCUCGACCAUCACGUCCCGGGAGAUCCAGACGGCCGUGCGCCUGCUGCUGCCCGGGGAGCUGGCCAAGCACGCCGUGUCCGAGGGCACCAAGGCCGUCACCAAGUACACCAGCUCCAAGUGAGCCCGCCGGCCGCUGACCGCAACCCAAAGGCUCUUUUCAGAGCCACCCACUUGAUCGAAAUUGAGCUGUAAUUACUACCGUAGCCGUGAAUCCGAGCUCCCAUUUCCUGUUCUGAGUGUGGCUUUUCGGGAAUGCCACUAGAAGGGCGGGAAAGAUGGCCCUCCAGCCAUAGGAAGGACAAAAGGUUUGAAUUUCCCGCUCUUCCCAAUCGCGCCACUUCACUGACUGGCGGGGAAGGCCCGGGUCGGGAGGAAGAUGUGCUGGUGUUUCUUGGUAAACUUUUUUCAAAGAACCCGGACUCCCCAAAAUAAUCCCCAAUAGACAGAAAAUGACCUUGGUUGAGGAAGAGGAGGUAAUGGAUCAGCUCUAAAUCCGGGACGGGGAGGAGAGGAGAAUGGGUAGGACUAAGCUGUUGACUGCCUACGAAAAAGAGGAAAACAGUAUUUUUCAUCUGUUUAUGAGCAUUUUAUGUAGUUGACAUACAACAGUGUCUUUGGAUGAAGAAAUAAAAUAUACAGUAGAAUUUCUUUAAAAGGACCCCUUUAUAAAGAAAAUUUAAAUUUAAAUGAUCUUUUUCCCAGAUCCCACGUCAGCCGACCGCUCUGUAAGUACCUCAAGUCUCAGCAACACAAAAUAUAGUUGUGAAUGAGACCCCAGCCUCAAAAAUUAAUAAU